UCAUACCGUGUCGAGCUACGUGUGCGCGCCGGGUGUGCGCGUCCAAGGGGGGUGUUUAGCGUUUAGCAGCCAGACUGAGCUGUGGCUGCAGCGGCUAACAAGAUGCACGCAUAUACUGCUCUUUACAAUACAGAGAUACCCGGGAGCUAGUACAUGUUCAUGUUGAAGUAGAGGAGCUGUCGACAGUGGUCGACGCUAUCGCUGGCAGCCAUGGCCGGGAUUAUUAAGAAGCAGAUCCUGAAACAUUUGUCAAGGUUCACCAAGAAUUUGUCCCCGGACAAGAUCAAUUUGAGUACACUGAAGGGGGAAGGACAGUUGUCCAACCUGGAGCUCGAUGAAGAGGUUCUGCAGAACAUGCUUGACCUGCCUACCUGGCUCGCUGUCACUCGUGUUUACUGCAACAAGGCCGCCAUCAGGAUACAAUGGACAAAGUUGAAAACCAGCCCCAUCUGCCUGUUCCUGGAUAAGGUGGAGGUAGAGAUGAGGACGUGUGAGGAGCCUCGUCCACCCAACGGCCCCUCACCCAUAGCUAUAACAGCAGGCCAGAGCGAGUACGGCUUUGCUGAAAAAGUGGUGGAGGGCAUGUCCGUCAGGAUCAACUCCAUUACCAUCAAGGUGCACGCUCGUGCUUUCCACGCCUCCUUUGAACUCUGGCAGCUACAAGGCAACAGCCUCAACCCCAAGUGGCAGCGCAGUGACCUUCGCUACACCCGCAUCACUGACCCAAAGAGAGGAGAGGUGUUGACGUUCAAAGAAAUUAACUGGCAGAGCCUACGAAUUGAAGCCGAUGCCAUUGAGAGUGACGACCAGGACCUCGGCAGCACCCCGUUACGUCUCAUCACCAACCAGGGGCGCAUUCGCAUCGCCCUGAAACGCAGAAUAAAGGACUGUAACGUGCUGGCAUCCAAGCUGCUCUUUAUUCUGGACGACCUCCUGUGGGUGCUGACGGACUCCCAGCUCAAAGCCAUCAUCCGUUACGCCAAAUCUCUCAGCGAGGCCAUGGAAAAGUCGGCGCAGCAGAGGAAGAGCAUGGCUGCUGAAUCCUUGCAGACUGCUCCUCCAUCUCCGGGCCUCCACAGCCUGUGGGCAGAACCCCCGAGCGCUCCGACAGGCACCCCCAGCAACAUGAGUCAGUACUUUGAUCUGUAUGACGUCAAGGAGUCUUCAUACCACACCUUCAUAUCACGCUUGGACUUACACAUAUGCAAUGACAGUUCUUCAGUCGAUGAAGAUGAGUCCCCCCCACCGGGCCUGCAAGGUGCCAUGCAGCUGACGUUCAGGAAGCUGGGCUUCGACUACUAUCCAGUCCACAGACCCGCUGACGGGUGUCGACACUGGGAGCGUCACAGUGGAGCUAUGGAGGCUCAGACCCAGUGGGCUGGCAAACUGCUCUCGGAGCACCAGAGACGAGCAGAGGCUUCAGGCUUCCCCGGGCCGCACAACGAGGCGGCCCACGCUGCCAAGGACUCACCUGCAAAGACGGUUCAAGAUGAGCGGUCCAGUCCUAAAUCCAACCACUCGGACAAAGAGCAGGCGGCCAGAAGGAACUCGGUGCCAGCUCCUCCUGGGUCGUCGCUGAAGAGGCUGCGGUCGAGCUGCGUGGUGAUCAGGAUGGAUGACGUGGACAUUCACCAGGUGUCUACAAGGGGGCGUCAAAACAGGAAGACCCAGUCUUUGUUAUCCUGUAACCGUAAAGCUCUGCAUUUACCCGACAACAUACCAGCAGUUCACCUGCAGUUUACUGAGUACUACUUCCCUGACAGCACCACUUUACCAGUGCCCACCUCAAACCUCUACGCCCAGUUGAACGGCCUCCAGCUGUGCGUGGACCCAGCCAGCGUGCUGUGGAUCAAUCUGUUUUCCAGGGGUCUCCUGCACACCUUAGACCAGGUCAAGGCCUUUUAUCAUUUGCAGGACAGUAACAAGGCUGAAGAACAUCUAGACAUCCGCAUGGAUGCAGCGCAGCUUAAGCUGAUAAUUCCCUUGGAUUCGUCCAUAUUGGACCAUCCAGAGCGUCCUCAGUCCCUGUCUGUUACUGUACCCCAGAUGGUUGUAAGCAACACCCGCCUCUGCCCUCACGGCUCCAGGGCUGACCUCAGCAGCACCUGUGACAAGUUUGCCAGCUGCCGUUUCUUCCAGUCCACACCACCUUACCCGUACCCCAGAGACCUGAGUGCCUUCCACCCCAUUCCUCCCAACUUCCUCCAGCACUCCCAAGAGAUAGAACCUCUACCUCUGGACAGAAAGCAGCUGCGCUCCCAGGAUGUGUGGUCUCUCAGUUUGUCCCGCGUUACGCUAGGUUUCGAUGGAGCGAGGAGGUUCCCCAAAGGAAGAACCCAGCCUUUUGUCGAACCCUUCGCUGUGUCUGUGUGGAUGUGUCAGACAUCCGCUUCAAGAAGUGCUUCAUCGUCUUCAUCCUCCAGUCCCAGCAGAGCCCACCGACCCGCUUCAGAGCGAGAGCCUCAUCAAGAACACGAUCCCCCACUUGCUUCUUUCCACUUCCUGGCCCACACCAUCACCCCGGUGAAGAUGUGGCUCAAUCACUACCAGUAUGUCGCCCUGCUGCGAAUGAAGGAUGCCAUGGCCCGGCUUGGCGCAGAGUUGGGCCGGGAUGUACGAGAUGUAAAGCAGGCUCAUGGCCAGAAUACUAAAACAACCACCGCUUGUCUUGCCCUUCUGCUGGAUUUGGUAGAAUUGGGCCUCCUUUUGCCACCAGUAAGCACAGAGCCAGAGGAAGAGGUGCCCCACACUCCAGAAACAGACAGCCCCAGCAUGACGGACUCUGACAUCUCCCCCGCUCAUCACUCCGCCGACGGUGUCCUGGAGGACUGCGGGUUAGAAAAUGGCGUCUCCUCCGUCAACGCAGCCGCGUUUGAUCAAGACGAGCAAGACGGGACGGUGGAGGAGGCGUGCGAGGCUGUGGAGGAGGGGCUGGAGGGCAACGGGUUGACAACACAGGAUGACAGCCUAGGCCUCUCACCUCCCCUCUCACCUGGACAGACGCCAGCCCUCUCCCGCGAACCGUCUACCUUCAGCCUGGAGGGAGAGCUGUCGAGCGCCAUUAAUGUCACCAAGGAUGUGACCAAAGAUGCCAUUAGUGCCUCGCUGGACCUCACCAAGGGGGCGUUUUCGAUCACAAAAGACGCCUUUAGCAUGCUGAGUCGUGGAUCAGGGAUGAGCAAAUUGUUCAGCCCACAGGCAAAGGAACAGGUUCAACGCUCAGAUGACUCCGCCUCUCUGGCCUCCAGCACGCGCCACCAAACCAUGAAGCAGUCACCUUCCCAGCAUUCCUUUGACAGCGCCAUCUUGGACGGCAGCCUGCCCGACGAAAAUCUCUCUGUCGACAGUGACAUCAGCGAAAAUUUCGUUGUUCUCAUGGACUCAGAAUCAGGUUUGGAGUCCAUGCGUCCCAGCAUCACGCCCGUGGGCAGCCGAGGCAGCCCAGCCCCGGGGACAGAGGGAGGCUCGUCGGCCGACCUCAGCAGCUCCCUGUCACAAAGCACUGAGGAUGUGUCUCAGGACAUGUCCUCUGUGUUGAUGCUGGUCCUGAGUGGAACCGCUUGCACCUUGGAGGCAAAGGGAGAAGACCAAGUCGUGGCUGUGGAAGCACAGAAUCUGACCCCUGUACAGAUGGGAAACGUCAGGCUAUCAGACCUGCUAGCUGGUCUGAUACAAGCUCCUGACGUGCCAGUGCAGAAGCAGGAGGGGGCGCAGGGCAGCAGGUCCUCUCCAGCGUUGUGCAUGCGAGCAGAAAUGGGCCCUUCGGUGUCUGGACGCUCUGAUCUGGCUGAGUCACUGGGCUUUCUGGAUAUGAGGGUGCAGGACCUCCGAGCGGAACUGUUAGCCUCCACGGUGACCAAUAUCGGCCCUUUUCUCGAAGACGAAUUCAGUGCCGAUGGCCAGCCGCUGAGGUUACACAUGAACAACGUCACCAUCACUAUGAAGGACGAUGGCCCUAAAAUCUACCCUACAGCCCCUCAGUCUAUCCCGGCCACGUUCAUAGUGGAUGGGCUGCUCCUCGAGCGCUCCGAUGACGGCAUCAUGAGAGUCAGAGCUGAAGGUGCAGACCCUAAAGCCUCAGCAGGUGUCCCUGCGGCUGACUCGGACAGCAACAGCUCCUGCUCAGCCCAACAGCACAUCGAGUUGCAGAGAGGGACGCUGGAGUCGCAGCUCUGUGACGCAAAUGCCGCCCUCACCCAGGCCCUCAGAGAGCGAGAACGCCUCCUUCUGGAAGUCAGGAAGUAUGACCCCGCGUUUAAUCUCUGAGCCUCUCCGCCGGGCUGAAUGUCAGGAACCAGCAAGACUCAUUCACGGCAUGUCUGAGGCGUAGAAACCCGAGACGUGUUGGGAAAGAAGAUGAAUCAAAGCCUUUGGAUCACUUGCUACCCUACUCAUGAGAGUAAACAAAAGAGCCCGAGCAACAAUACUUAGAACUGGAAUCUUGAUAACAUUAACAUUAAUUGUAGUAUUUUUAAGCUGUUAGUGUAGAUAUACCUCACUGUUGUAGAAACACAAAUUGUCCUGGUUAUUUUCAAAUCGGUGUGGACGGUAAAACGACUCAUCCUGUGGUUUUGGCGAUUGUCGUGCAGCGUGCGAGGUGAUACACGAUCAAGCUUUAAUUCUCCCCAGUUCAUUAGGAGUGUUUCUGGAAAUAUUACAUGCCAAAACCUCUUUUCACAUGCACUGACACUGCCAGACAGCUGCUAGUCCAUCGGUCACUCUUCAUAUCCUCCGGACAUGCAUGCUUUGUAAGGAGUGCUCUUUUACAUGUAGCACAUUUACAAAUCCACAGCCGUAGAGCUAGUGAUGUAGAAUCUUCUAUUAAGUGUCAGUUGUAGAAAAAAAAAAUGUGUAGUUGAAGGCAGAUGGAAAAAAAAAAGAGCACUUUUAAAAAAACAAAAACAAAACCUGAAACACCGAUGCACCUUCUGUCACCGGUUUGGAAUGGUUACACACUCUUAUCUCAGUAGUUCUCAGCAAGCAGGUUGAAUCAUUCCCCAGUAUUAUGUUAUUCUCUAAAUUGUGAAAUGUUGACCGUGCUUCUUUUGUACUGUGAAACAGUGUCGACUAAAAGAUGUCACGCCUUUUCGGCCUCUCCCUUGGCCGUGGAGGUCAGGUUGCACAGAAGCUUCAGUAUUGUAACUCUCAUCCUCUGGUCUGCAGAGGUUUGUGCUAAACCAGAGUUAGAACACUUGCUCUCCUUAAAAACACGUUUUGUAGCUUGCCAGGACACAGCUCCGACUGAUAUUACCUCUAUUCACGGGUAUCGUGUAUGGUGGUGACACAUCAUGUUGUUUUUCGUGUAUAUUUAUUUAACUCAUAUUUGUUUUGUUGGAUCUGGUUAACUGCAGUGAACCGAAGCCAUAUCAAUCAAAGGAGGUGACGUUUAACAAAGCAGUGGAGCUGAUAGUGUUGUGUGUAUUCACAAAAUGUACUACAAAAACUUAUAUUUUUCAGUGUGAUUCGCUUUUUAAUCAGACCUUAACUUAAAAUUUCUGUCAUUAAGCUUUAUACGCACAUAAAUCUGUAACAUGCAUGGAUUCAGACAAUGAUGGAUUUGUUCUUGUAAAAGACUUUUAACAGUAUAUUCCUUUUUUAACAAUAACACUCUGUCAGUUAAAUGUUAUGUACAAGUGCUCUGUUGUUAAGUCAGAGGGUCAGCACAUUACUUUAAUGGUUUCAAAGCUGCUUUUCACCUCCACUCAUCCUGGGUACGGUGGAGCACCCUGGUGGGCGUGCCUCGCCAGUGCAUGCUCUCCAUUUAAAAUAUUUAUUAUUCCUUUCUCUGUGGUUGCCUUGCAAGCUACGAAUGACAAAUUUGCAUUCUUACAAAGAGGAAUGUAAUCAAUAUAAGCAAUAGAAAGACACCAAAAACAUGACUAAGAACGGUGACACUACGACACGUUUUUGAUGUGGGAACCGCUGAAGACUUGAGAUGAUCACUUACCUGUACAUCACAUUUUAAUGUGUUCCCCUUCAACUGCAUGUGAACUCUUCAAUCUGUUAGUGUGGUAAAGCAGCGAUACUGCCCUUCAACCUCAGUAUCGUGUGUAGAUGGGAUAUUUUUCUUAACUCUUGGUGUUUCUUGUUUUUUUUUUUUUGCAUGGCCUUAGUUGGUACGAAAUUGAACGUGCCAUGCUGGAUGAAACAUGUAGCGCUGUAGUUUCCUCUCAGUGUUAAGUAGCAUCUCUAUUCUGUUGACGACCUGGUGCUUUGAGUUGAAUCUGUUUGUUACCUGUUACACUAGACAUCCUUUGCACUCCAGAGCAGGCCAGGGUUUCCAUGACACCAUAACUCUUACCCAGUGUGCCAUGCAAAAAGAAGGAGACGGAGGUCGAAGAAAGACUCACUCCAGUGUGUGUUGUCCUCUCUCUAGAUGCAUGUGCUGAAGUGAAGUUGUGUCGUUUAUGCCUUGUGGAUUACUUGCACUCGUGUGGUAAAUUCACUGGAAAUUGCACUUGUUUUGAUGUAAAUCACUUCAAAGGAAUGCAGGAUUCGUUGUGAAAUCUUUAAAUGGGGUUAAAUGUUGAGAGACUCAGUGGACAGUAUUUUCUUUUUGUGUAGAACUGCAUCAAAUUUUGUAUUAUCUUCAUCACUUCAAUGAGACUAAUAUAAAACUGGUUCUGUGAACCAAAGUUAGUAUGUAGGAAAUAUUUAAGUGGAAAAACAAAACAAUAAAUGACGGAUUGCUUAACA